AACUUUACUGGCCCUCCCUGACGAUCCUCACCUGGCAAGAGUUUAGCCUGAACUAUAUGGCGCGAGGGCUCUCAGUCCUGUUUCCAUGCUGUGUCGGUUCAGGCUCGUCCCUCCACGGGGGGCUCCCAAGGGCAGGGUUGUCUCCUCCCUUCCAGGUGCCUGCUUCACGCGGGGCUCUGCCGCAGUGCCCAGCCCAGGCAGCAAGCCUAAGCCCGUUCCUCCUCCCUCUCUCUGUCUCGGCCUCAGGGCACUUCCAGGACCGGCAUCUUCUCACCAGGAUGAACGUGCUGCUUUCCUGGCAGCUGAUGCUCUUCCUUUGUGCCACCGCCUUCAGGGAGACCUUGGAAAAGGUGGCGCCCAUGGAGAAUCCUAGAACCACAGGCUCGCAGCUCGGACCCGCGACGCUCCGGGCGCCCUGGGAGCAGAGCCCGCGGUGCGCGGCGGGGAAGCCCACAGCGGCCGGGCCUCGGCCUCGGGGGGCCGCGCUCUGCCCCUCUGAGAGCUCCGCGGGCCCCCGGCAGCCGGGCCCGUGCGCCCCGCGCAGCCGCCUGAUCCCGGCUCCGAGGGGCGCCGUGCUGGUGCAGCGGGAGAAGGACGUGUCCGCCUACAACUGGAACUCCUUCGGCCUGCGCUACGGCAGGCGGCAGGCGGCGCUGCCCGGGGGCCGCGGCGCCGCGCGCGGCUGAGCGCCGAGGUGGGGCCUUCACCUCCAGCCCCACCCGGGCCGGAGCAGGGCAGGGUGUCGACCUGCAGUUUGUGUCCCGAAGCAAUAAAGGAAAUGCUGCCGA